UGUAACGAGCCUGACAGCGGGAAGGGCGGAAAGUACCCGUGUCCCCCGACUCGGACGGAGCCUUUUCGCGUUUUUCUGCUUCGUUUCUUUGUGGAAAUGAUCGCUUCUCCGCAGAAACAGCCCGUGUGUCCGGAUCGCUGACUUUUUUUCUGCCGCUGGAUGCUUUUCACCGCGCUUCGGCUGCUUCGUGGAGGCUUUUACGCAGCACGUUUCGUUUCUAAAGCGUUGGGACUUUUUUAUUACUGUAUAAUUUUAGAUAUAAACCCGUGUUCUUCUCCUGCCAUGGCUGACAGCAGCGUUAAGCAACCUCAGGUUAUUUUUUGCAACGACUCUCCAAAAAGGGUCCUGGUCUCCGUCAUCAAGACGACCCCGAUAAAGCCGAAAACCGCGGAUUCGGCGAUGCCCACCAGCCCCGGGUUCAGCGACUUCAUGGUCUACCCGUGGAAGUGGGGGGAAAACGCGCACAACGUGACUCUGAGUCCGGGGUCGGGGAGCGGAGCCGCCUCCCCCACCAGGAACGGCUCCGCCGCGGAGACGGACGGUUCCUCCGCGGAGCACUUAAAGGACGGGAUCCGCCGUGGCCGUCCUCGUGCCGACACCGUCCGCGAGCUCAUCAGUGAAGGUGAGAACUCCACCAGCCGCAUCCGCUGCAACAUCUGCAACCGGGUCUUCCCCAGAGAGAAGUCGCUGCAGGCGCACAAGCGGACGCACACGGGUGAGAGGCCUUACCUGUGCGAUUUUCCGGAGUGUGGAAAGGCCUUCGUCCAGAGCGGCCAGCUGAAAACCCACCAGCGCCUCCACACGGGAGAGAAGCCUUUUGUUUGCUCGGAGAAAGGCUGCGGCAGCCGUUUCACUCAUGCCAAUCGACACUGCCCCAAGCACCCAUAUGCCAGGCUGAAGAGAGAGGAACCCACAGGGGAGCCAGGGAAAUCCCAGGGGGCUGACAACAAGGCCGUGGCUGAGUGGUUAGCGAAGUACUGGCAGAUGAGAGAGCAGCGAGCCCCUGCCUCAAGUAAAGGAAAAACUCUGAGUAAGGUUGCCAUGGAGGACCAGGAGCAGCAGGACCCCAUGGACUUCCUGCCCUCCGAUGAAGGGGAAGAGGAGGAACCAGAGGAGGGGAAGAGCAGCAGUGGGGGCGGGGCAGCUCGGCGGCGCCUCCAAGAACAGAGGGAGCGCCUCCACGGAGCGCUGGCCCUCAUUGAGCUGGCCAACAACCUCUCUGCCUGAAUUCACCAGUGUAAACUAUGGCCUGGGGUUGCACCAUGCUGAGUAAUAUCCAGCGUCAGGCAAAGUAUUGCAAGUGAGAUCUCUUAACGUCCCUCCUAGUUCAGCACUUCACAGGGAUUUUACAUUACUGGCGAUUUUACUCGGUGUUUGUAACCCUAGGAUUUCCAGCCUAACAGUGCACCUGUGAGGUUGGCAUAAGCUACAAGCACCUUAUUUUUGCUUUCAGUUUUAAAGUUAGGCUGCUACUAUGGUAGAUAUCUUUAUAUGAAGAAUGUUUGUUUUGUUUUUCUUCUUCUUUUUCUGCUUAUCAAAGAGAGAGAAAGACGGACGAUCAGUUUCAUGUUUUGUUUUGGUUGUGUUGUGCACUUUUUUUGUGGUAACGAGUUUUUCUUUUGUUUUUUUUUUUCAUACAAGUUUGUGUGUCAAGUUGUGAGCAUGUUUGUUUGAUUGUUUGUUGUGUACAUAGGUGGGUUUAGGCGUGAUACAGGGUGCAUUCACCUACUGCACUCUGGCGAUGGUAUAACCAGUCCGGUCAAGAUGAAACCAGCAUAGGCUCUGUGUAUUUGGCCACGAAGGGAAAGCAUGAGGUGACAAACGAGAGGAAAGACUAUAUAAUCCUGCUCUCAUUUUACAUUGUUAGUUGCACCUGAAAUUUAACAGUAGUAUGAUUUGCUGCACAUAGACCUUUGUUGUCUCUUUAGUUCACUCUUCAGUGGUCUUCACAACCACCCUUGUUCUUCAGACCUGCCGCCUGCCGUCAUCCUAAGGCUUUGAGGUUUGAGACGGUGCAGUUACAUUGACUAACUCGAGCUCAGAAGCAUAGAAAUAGCAAGCUCCGUAUACUUUCCGCUGACAUACAGUAUAUGCACUUAUUAGUUUAUAGCAGGCUUCAUGGUUACAAGCUCUUCUGAAUCAUGUACAUUUAGAGUUACUUCUACUUCAGCAGUUCAACAGUGGGUUAAUGGUUAUGUCAGUGGUUGUCAGCUUCCAAAAUGUGACAGCACAAAGAGUUUUCAAAAGGUUCUACUUAAAACCUAGAGAUAGCACUUGUUUUGGCAAUUCAAAGAGUUUUGCAUUUUGAUGCAUUCUGUGGUCUGACGGCAUAUUCAUAGUCCGAAACACUACAUUUAAGGGUUUCAUCAUCCAAAGCCUUUAAUAUCAAUUGACUUUCUUUUAAAGUUUUCUUCCUAAUAACAGAAACACUUUUCAAAUCCUUUUAUACAAUUGGAUGGUUAGUACAGUGAACUUUGGCUUAUUGCAUGAACUCAGAUGCCCAUGUGCUCAGAAUUCAUUAACAAAACAAUCUAAUCUGGUGAGAACUCGUUUAAAAAAAAAAAAACUGGAAAAACGUUUUUACAGUUCAACAUCCAGUGAGACGUAGAUUUAUUAAGUAUACCUAAUUCUUGUAUGUUUCCUUAUAUAUAGAAGUAAUAUAUUUCACAGUCAUUAGGAAAAGCUGCACAAGGUAUACCUUUUAAGUUAAAUUCUCGGAAGCGUCCUUUGUGAUUGCCUUUGUUUUUUGUGACAACAGAAUGUAAAUCAAGUUGUUCGAUCUGUAACAUGGAAAGUUUGCUGUGUGGAAAGGACAUUGUAAAUGUGUAAAGCAGGCAUUUUCCCAUAGAUAAUCCUUAGUGUUAGAACUGCUGGUUUUCAUUAAAUACCAUAAAUGACUGACAA